AAUAUCGACAACACCGGAAAACAGGCUUCUGAAUCUUGCACGGAUGAGACUUGUCCUCUACUCUCUAAUGAAGAUUCCGUCUACUCCCUGUCAAUUUUGCCCAGAGGCUUAGGGGCACCUGGUUGUUCUGCCUUCCUCGUUGACGCAACUCUUGCUCUACUCGGCCAGCUUGCCGGAUCUCAAGCCACUCUAUUCGAGUCGUUCGCCGGUCGUUUUGGGCUUGGAUUUGGCACUGAAAGACACUUCACAAGAAAGGCAGCAGCAAAUACAGGCGCCGCCGCUAGUCUCGAUCUAAUUUCUGCGCAAACAUGGAUGGAUAAAUUGCUUCGAUUAGAUGAAGUCUACUCUCUGCUAGCACGCUUCCUAUGUCUGGUUGACAGGCUAGGUUCACUCUCCCACAGCGUCACUCAAUGGCAACUUCUGAUUAAGACAGGGGUGUCUAACAAAAUUAACUUACUUCAACCAUUAACUCCUCAGCAGCUGUUGAAUGGCCUCCUUAUCCCAAUGACUCCAACAGCACUACAUGCUGCGCCUCUACGCCUAUCUGCUUUUGGGUUAGCCCAAUUCACUGCGCAAAGCAUGAAUUCUGCUGCUGCUUUAGCCGCUUCUAUGAUUUCCCAGAGGAUGCUAGGACAGGAUGAGGACGGCCUUAUUCAAAAAAAAUCGGAUUCAUUAAUUUAUUCGAAACUGCUAACUGGAAUCAUUCUGGAAGGUCGAGGGGAGCUGGCUCGAUUAAUGGGUGGCAAAUGCCUUCUUCUUGCUUGUAAACAAGAUAGUGCUGUCUCAAUUGCUCCCUGGCCAGGAUACAUGAUGCAGACUUUCAGUCUUUUCUCCGAUUACAUCUCUGCCGUGCUGGGUUGGCUCUAUUUCUUUUAA